AUAAGAUGCCUCUUCCUGGGGAGACCUGUAUGAAUUUUAAUCUAUUUUCGGACUCUGCGGGGGGCAGCAAAUAAAUUUAGUGCUUGAUUUGAAUAAUUCCCCCUUUUCUAUGGGGCUGAGAUGUCAUUGAAAACUUUUCCUAAAUAGGCAUUUAAUGAUCGUGUGUGUGUUACAGCUGAACAAACCCCCCGCUGAGCGCCCGGAUAAAUGGGGGAGAGGUGGACGGUGCAGAACUGAUGACUGCAGGCCCUUUGUCACAGUGUAUCGCUUACUUAUGGGGCCUAAUCCAAUCAUAAAUUGCCCCUCCGCACCAAUCAGGGGGGAAGGCUCCGGCCAUGAAUAGGACUGGAGUGGGAAUGUUGCGGAGGUCCUAUUGUCUGAGCUGUCACUUCUAAAGGGGCUUCAGGGAGCGGACCACUAUAAAACCCAAGGUGCAGGGACACAGCCCAGACUCCAGAGAGGACAGAGGAAGCAGAGACGUUCCUGCCGGACCCUGAGGAGGACUCUGCCUGCACCAUGAUGUUCCCCAGCCUCCUAGCGCCCCCAGCAGUCUACCCCAACCUGCUCAGGCCAACCCCGACCCUGCCCCAGAGCCUGCAGACUGCACUGACCACUCAUUCCAGCUUCUUGGUGGAGGACCUGAUCAGGAUCAGUAGGCCUGCCACCUACCUACCCCGGGCUGUGCCUCCACCCAGUGUGUCCCCACCGACCUCAGACAGUCCCAUCAGUAUGGCCGACACCGCGGAGCUCCUGAGCGCCCGAAGACCGUGUGAAGCCCAGAACACAAACAGCUCAACUUUCCUCAAGUUUGGAGUGAACGCAAUAUUGUCCUCCCCUAAUCCCAGGAUAGAUUCUUCCCAGAACAUUCUCUCCUCCAUCCAUCCCAAGACCUUCUCCCUGCCGUAUUUUGAGGGCUCCUUCCAGCCGUUCAUCAGGUCCUCCUAUUUUCCAGCCUCCUCCGUGGUCCCCAUGCCUGGAACCUUUGCCUGGCCCCUGGCCGCCCGGGGGAAGCCCCGUAGAGGAAUGCUCCGCAGAGCUGUGUUUUCUGACGUGCAGCGCAAAGCGUUGGAGAAAAUGUUUCAGAAGCAAAAAUAUAUCAGCAAACCCGACCGGAAGAAACUGGCCGGAAAACUGGGACUCAAAGACUCUCAGGUGAAAAUCUGGUUCCAAAACAGAAGGAUGAAGUGGAGGAACUCUAAAGAAAGGGAGCUGCUGUCUUCGGGGGGCUGCAGGGAACAGACCUUGCCCACCAAGUUUAACCCCAACCCCGACCUCAGCGAUGUGGGAAAGAAGGGUCUAGAAGGCGAGGAUGACACCCUGUCCUAUCAGCGAACAGAGCUCCCCCUAGUGGUAGACUCACAAUUACCCCCUUCCCCCUUCAAUUCCAGCAGUCACAGUAAACAGUCAGACUUAUCAGACUCUGAUAUCGAGGACGCGGAUGAGGACGAUGAGAUUAUGGUCUCCUAAUCCCUCCCGCGAGGGACAAAGACUCUGCACUGGUGUAUAAUAAUAAUAAUAUUAAUAUUAUUGAGAUAUUGGAGAAAUGCCCCGCUUAUGUGCCCCCGCCCCCCCCCCCUCCUGACUCUUGUCAAGGCAUCCUGGGACUUGUGGUUCUUCUAUUGCACGAAGGUCUGACCUUCAGAUCCCAGUUUAGCGAACAGUGUGCAGCUUUAAUGACCUGCUGGGACUUGUAGUUCCUGAAUAGCAGGGAGGGUGUUGAAGGGAAUUGUAUUGGCGGGGGCUACAUAUAGGGGGCGCUCUGUGAUGAUAUUAUUGCUGUGGUUCCACAGCUGCCUAUGAACUGUACAUGAUACUGUACACGGGAUGUAUGGGGAUUUUAUGCCAAUGUUAUUUUCUAUCUCUAGGAUUUUUCUUAUCAAUGUAAAAAACAAAAUUUAGAUUUUUUUUAACUUAUAUAUAAAAAAACAACAACUUUAUUUUGUAUUUCAAAGAUUUGUACA